UUGAGUGAUGCUUUGAGAUUAUUUUUCAAAAUACCUAUUAAAAUUAAAAUUAAGUUAAUAAGGCCAAAUACACGCAAAUAAAAUGUUGGCUUGUCGAAUAUGUUUGGCUACGGACAUACGAUUGUACGAUAUAAACACCACUUUCAAUCUGAAAACGGCGUACGAAACCAUAACUGGAUCUCAGAUAUCAAAAAAAGAUGGUCUGCCACAACACAUCUGCAGCUACUGCAGCAUAAUGCUAGUGAAAUGCUCGUCAUUCCAAGACAAAUGUUGUUACACCCAAGGAGUGUUGAAGUAUCUUAUUGGAGACCAGGAAGAGAUAACACAAUUCCAUAUCACGUCAAUCCAACAGUCCAAUCCAAUAAAAGGUUUCGUAAGGCUCUCUAGAAGCGACACAUUACCACUAAUUGAGAUUGAGUAUAAGGAACCAAUUGAGAACGUAGCAGUACCUGUUCCCAUCAAGGAAGAGUAUGAUCUAGAUUUAGAUAGCUUAGUCAAGAUAGAAGAAUGUCUAGCAGAGAAAAAGGUUGAAAAGACAAUACCUAAAGUCAAGAAAACCAGGAAGAAAAAGAAAAAGUCAGAGGACUUCAAGAUCGAGCCGGACUCGAGUAGUAUAGAGAUAGAUAACCCUGGAAAUGCCGAUGCUGACUAUGAAAGUGACAGGGAUCAAGAUAAUCAUAUUGAAAUGGAAGAGGAAAGUGUUGAAGAUUUAAAAAAGGCUAAAGUGAUAAUACUGAGUGCGGAUGAGCAGUUCCAAGAGUUGGAGGCUCGGAAGACGUCGGCCAACUACACCAAGUCCAAGUACCAGUGUCAUCGGUGCUUCCGAGGGUUCAUAUCGGAGACCACAUUCAAUAAUCAUCUGAUGAAACAUGAUCCGAAGAGCGGCGAUCACGAGUGCGCGGUGUGCGGCGUGCGGUGGGCGGAGCCGCGUCUGCUGCGCGCGCACAUCAUCGCCGCGCACGCCCGCAAGUUCCAGUGCACGCUAUGCGACCACGUGUCGCGCUCCGCCUAUCGAGCAAAGGAGCACUACAAAUGGCACAAUGGUUUCAAAUUCAAGUGUAAGCUAUGUGAUGCCACGUUUGGCAAGUCGACGUCGGCGCUGACGCACAUGCGGCUGGCGCACCCGUCGCGCCACUCGUGCGAGGUGUGCGGGGAGUCUUUCGUCGGAGACCUCGGCCUGAGGAUGCACAAACGACGCACGCAUAAAUUCCUAACGGAUAACACCUUCCAGUGCGUCCACUGUCAGGUGCGGUUUCAGUGUCAGGAGGCACUGACCAAACAUCAGGAGACCACUACAAACGGAGUCUGUGAUGCUAACAUACCGUGUCUUCAGUGCGGGCAGGGCUUCACCUCGGAGGAGCUGCUCCAAACACAUCUAAAGGAGCAUCAAUCGUUCUCUUGUGACGAGUGUUCGUGCACGUUCACCAGCGAGCUGUCGUACGGCGUGCACGUGGAGCGCGUGCACCUGGGCGUGCGCAAGCGCAGCACGAGCGCCGCGCGACGACCGCUCGACACCGCCGUCUGCGAGGUCUGCGGCAAGAAGUGUGUCAAUAUGGCGACACUGCGGUACCACCAGCGCACGCACACGGGCGAGAAACCGUUCGCCUGUUCCGACUGCCCCAAACGGUUCUCUGUAUACCAAAGACUACAGAUCCACAUCCGCACGCACACGGGCGAGUCGCCGUACAAGUGUCCGUACUGCCCCAAGGCGUUCAAACACAAGGCCGCGCUCAACAGACACGACCGGGUCCACUCGGGGGCGAGGCCGUACGGCUGCCCGCACUGCGGCAAGACGUUCACGCAGUCCAACUCGCGCAAGAUGCACAUCAACACCGUACACCUCAAGCUGCCGGCGCCAUAUCGCAACCGCAAGACCACUUAGAACCAGUGCAGUGUCUGGAAAGACUAUGACCGGAAAACAUCAAGUAAUUAUAGGACUAGAAGACCACAAGAAACCAAUGAACCAUAAGUCUUCUGGGAAAACUUAAAUUGGAAUAACUACACUCCAAGCGAGGAAACAAAAAACCAGGUAAAGCCAGUGGCAGUCUUCUGGAAAGACCAGAAAAGUAACUAAAUAUCAUGUUAUAUGGAAAAGACAGAAGACCACAAGCAACCUUUAGGGGGAUAGACAGUUUUCUGGGAAGAUCUCCGGUCCUAUAAAUAAGCAACGCCGAACAAGUGAAACGAGCAAUAAUGUCGAAAAUGCAAUGAAAGAAAACGACUGACAAGUUCAGGUGAAACCAAUAGACUUUCAUCAAAAGAAUAAAUCAGAGAAGAAACUAAAUGUCAUGCAAUAUAGAAACAGCAUACAACAAUACGUCGUAGGCCUAGUAGAUAGAAUUCGCUGGCUAAAAGACCAGAAUAUUACACCAAGAUCUGAGCAAUUCCAAGUAAGCAACAUAGGAGCCGUUAUACACUAAAGGACAAUGUGAAAUUUUCUGCCAGCCUUAAAAGGUCUUAUAAAACCGAUAUAUGAUUGAAGAGGCUAUGUAACCAAAACCCAAAUCGACAUUUAAUUUCUCAAGAUAUAAGGUAAAAUACCAAAUUAUUGGCACUUUAAAAGUUUACAUUAUUGGGAUCGUAAGUUCAUACACAAAAUGUAAGUUGCCAAUUUAGCAGACUGCAAAGGAUGUGGUAGUUCGCCCUAUUAUUAAAUUCGGGUCUUCCAAAAACGUAAGAUGAACGUAAUUGUUAAGGCAAAAAAAGUGUUGUGUUGACAGGA